AUGGAUGCAUUUAGUUUUAAUUUUGAUACUAAUUCAUUAUUAACUGACGAUACAAAUAGUGAUCAUAGUAGCCUUGAUUGGACAGCAUUUCAACCAACACCACCAGCAGUAACAGAUAGUCCUUAUUUAACAACAUGGUUAUCGCAACAAGAUGAUGCUGUUGCACCCGAAGAUAAAUUAAAUCUAAUGACACCACAACAAGAUGAAGGAGUUUACUCCGAAAUUGAACAUUUCUUUAAUGGAUUAAAUCAACAACAUGAACAUCAACUACAAUUACAAACAAAACAAGAACUUAUUGAACCAACACAUAUAAAUACUCAUAUACCAAUUCAAACAAGAUACGAUAUAAGCCAUAUUGAACCAUCUCAUCGAAUACAUAUAGCAUCAAAUGUAAACGAAGGACCACCGAUUUGUUUACCAGCGCCACUUGUUCCACGACUAUCAUCACCACGUUCACAAUGUUAUCAUAAAUUACCUGAUCAUGCUGUUAAAUUAAUGCAAGAAUGGUAUAACGCUCAUUUAGAUGAUCCAUAUCCACGUUCACCAGAUAAAAAACGUUUUAUAACAGAAGGUAAUAUAACAGCACAACAAUGUCGUUCAUGGUUUGCUAAUCGACGACAACGUCUUAAACAUGUUAAAAGAAAUCAACCGAGAGCAUCGUCAUCACGUUCACAUCGUACAAUACAAGCCAAAUUACCACAAAUAUUACCAAUAGAAGAACAACCUAAAAUAUGUGAACAAUGUUGUCAUUGUCAACAACAACCAAUGUCAUCUUUACCAUUUCCAUUAACACCGACAUCAGUACCAACACCAACAACAUUAAAUGUUGUAAUUAAUCAACAAACAGUCGAACAACUUAUUCAAAACAGUCUUCGUAAAUUAUUUAAUCCAACUAUAAUGUAA